CAUGACUGGUUCUGAUAAUAUACUAUCAUACCAUGUACUUAAACAACAUGGGUGUCUUAGCUGGAGUCGAUUAUGUGAUUGCCUGUGGAAUCCAAGAACCCAGCCCAGCCAAGCCGGUUCUAAAUUGGUUGGCCUCAGGAAGAAAAAUCCACACCAAAGGUAACCAAGAUGAUCCAGAACAGAUAUCAUCUACAAUUUCUCAGUGGAAGACUACUCCAGUCUUUUUUUUAUCCUAAUGUUUUUCGAUCGCUCACUUUCAUGUUUCCAGGAAUUAGCAGAUACAAUGGCUCCGUGCCUUGAUUGCCAAAUGUUCCAGUGUGUGAACGUUUUCUGGGACGUAUCAUCCUACAGGCUCCACUUACAAGCUAGAAGCUAUGGUGUAUACCUUGCUAAAAUACUUCACGAAUGCCCUGUCGAACGAUGACCUGGAAGAUUCCGGGGAAUCGUUCGAGUGGGCGAUAUAUAUAAACCCUGGCUGUGGAAGAGAGGAUCUCCGCGACUUCUCCACGGCUUUGGCGUGCGUCAAAGAAGGUAUAUAGAUGCGCCGAUGGUUUGCUCCUGUUGAAAUAGGAUUCUUCUAUCUCCCGGGCAGGCUCCUGGCUUUGAUACUAUGGAUUCACGCUGCUGUCAGGCAUUUCUUGGAGAGAUUGUCGUGGCCGCCGCGAUUGAGGCAGCAGCGCGACGCGGAAAUCUCCGGGAAUUCCAGGAGGCAGAGCUUCUUGAAAGAAUUUGGGGGUUAUUAUGGCUACGCGGAUGGCCCAGUUCCAAUCGAUCGUCUACGGGGUACUGAAUUUGCUCGUUUGAAAGGGACAAUUUACUUGGACCAUGCGGGCGCCACAUUGUAUUCCAGCAGUCAGCUCCAGGAGGCUCUCGCGGAUUAUAGCGGGCAGGUCUAUGGAAAUCCUCACAGUCAAAGUGAUAGUAGCAUCAGGAGUUCUCACACAAUUGAAUCUGCCAGACAACAGGUUCUUGAGUAUUUCCAUGCUCCAGCCAGUGAAUAUGCUUGCGUUUUUACUUCCGGUGCUACAGCUGCGCUGAAACUUGUUGGAGAGACGUUUCCAUGGAGCUCUGGUGGCCAUUUUUGCUAUACUUUGGCAAAUCACAACAGUGUGCUCGGAAUACGAGAGUACGCUCUCGAAAAGGGAGCAACUGCAAUCCCCGUGAGUAUCAGUAACCAGGGAGAAGUUGUACUGGAGAGUGCAGGACUAAAGAGGAAAAAUGUCUCUCUGCACGAUGAUGACGAAGAAACAUACAAUCUUUUCGCAAUGCCUACCGAGUGUAACUUUUCGGGCGCAAAAUUUCCAAUGGAGCUGGUUGAGCGCAUCAAAGAUGGCCAGCAUAUGAAUGGAACCAGAGGGCGCUGGAUGGUUCUACUUGAUGCAGCAAAAAGCGCUGGAACUUCUCCACCCGAUCUUUCUCGUUAUCCUGCCGAUUUUGUAGUUGUAUCUUUUUAUAAGAUAUUUGGAUAUCCUACCGGACUUGGUGCUCUUAUUGUUCGACGUGAAGCUGGCAAAGUCUUAAAUCAGAAGUAUUUUGGAGGAGGCACUGUUGCGGUGUCUAUAGCGGACAUUGAUUAUGUGAAUAGACGAGAAAGUCUAGAGCAACGCAUGGAAGAUGGCACAAUAUCGUUUCUAAGCAUCAGAGCUUUGCGUUACGGGUUUAUGAUGCUCAACAGAAUGGGAAUCAGUUCUAUUGCCAGGCACACUUGGGCCUUAACACAUUACACAGCUCGUUCACUGCGUAAUUUGAAGCAUGGCAACGGUGCUCCCGUGUGUUUUAUGUUUGGCAAUCACGGAGUUUUUCAGACUUUUGCAGAAGAGUUUCGAAUCCAAGGUCCGGUUAUUACGUUCAAUCUGAAACGUGCUGAUGGCUCUUGGGUCGGUCAUCGCGAAGUUGAGAAAGUUGCGUCUUUGUGCCGGAUUCAUCUUCGAACUGGAUGCUUUUGUAAUCCUGGAGCUUGUGCGAAGUAUCUUGAACUUUCAAACAAGGACAUGCAGGCCAACUUCGAGGCGGGGCAUGUUUGCUGGGAUGAUCAGGAUCUGAUCUCCGGAAGACCAACAGGAGCUGUUCGCAUUUCGUUUGGAUAUAUGUCCACUUUCCAGGACUGUCAGGCUUUUCUCAAGUUCGUUCGAAAGUACUUUGUAGAAACUACUUACACACAGGAAGCCAAGAAAUUAAGAAGUAAAGAUACAAUCCCGGCAGCGGUGCGUCUCAAGUCUAUUAUAGUGUAUCCUAUUAAGUCAUGUGCUGGCUUUAGUGUUGAGGCAUGGCCUAUCGUCGAGUCAGGUCUACUUUAUGACAGGGAGUGGAUGAUAUGUGACACCGAGAAUGCUCCCGUGACACAGAAAAAGGCCCACAACAUGUGCUUGAUUACUCCGUCUAUCGAUUUGGCAUCGGGGAAACUCGUUGUCCGUGCUCCAAAUGUUGAUCAUACACUUGAAAUACCGUUGGAGGACAGAUUACAGCACGAGGAACAUGGAGAAGUUAUUUUAUGUGGACAAAGGGCUAAAUCGAUGUCAUACGGGGCAGAGAUCUCUGAGUGGUUCACGAAAGCAUUGGGAUUGCGGUGUAACUUGGUUCGAAAAGGUGUCGAGAAUACCAGAGUAUGCAGAUGGAGAAAUCCAGAACAUUCGCCUGAAGGAGGCGAUAAGUUAAGUUUCGCAAACGAAGGCCAGUUUUUACUCCUGUCGGAAGCCAGUGUGGAAGACCUCAAUGCACGAAUAGCUACCGGUGCCAAACAUCGACUAGAGACAACACAGUUUCGGCCAAAUCUCGUUGUUUCGGGUGGACCUGCUUACGAGGAAGAUGAAUGGCAGUCACUCUCAAUUGGCGACGCGGAGUUUCCCAUACUCACAGGUCUUAGGUGGAUGCAAUCGCUGCCAGAUGAUCACAAUCGACCAGAGAACCGGUGCGAAAAAUCCUAGUAUGGAGCCUCUUGCAACUCUCGCAUCUUACAGGCGGACAAAGGGAAAGAUCUUGUUUGGAGUGCUCCUGGGCGCGGCAAUCUCAGACAAGCGCGACCAGUUCCUGGCCGUCGGAUCCCGCGUCAUCGGACGGUAGGGCAGCCCAUGUAAAAAUCUCCAAAUUUUUACAAAACUCUAAAGAGAAUAUGCUUAGGGCU